ACCAUGAUACGAUUCGCUACCUUCGAUGCGCUCUACACUAUUGUGCGUCCACGGAAACCGUUUCAGGUCCAAUAUGCAGAGGUAUUCGCUCCAUUCUUCGGCCAACUCUCUCCCGACGCGGUCAGGAGCUCGUUCAGGAUUGCGCUCAAAAAUUUACAAGCCUCUCGCCCUGCUUACUCGGAAGGCCCUGAAUCGUGGUGGGCAGAUGUUAUUGAGCAGACUGCUCUAGGUGCUGGUGCCCGUGAAGCAGACGUGAAGGAACAUAUGCCAACCGUUGUCCAUCAGCUUCUACAUCGCUUCAGCUCACGCGAAGGCUAUGCGUUAUAUGAAGAUACCAUCCCAACUUUGAAAGCACUUCACGCGAUGGGCGUGUCUACUGGGCUCGUCACUAAUGCCGAUUCACGUAUCUUGAGGGCACUGGAUGAUCUCGGAGCACUCUCGCUAUUUGAUCCCAUAUGCACGAGCGACGAUAUGGGCGUCGAGAAACCACACAAGGAAAUUUUCAUCACCGCAUGCUCGGAUGCUGAAGUUAAGCCAGAAGAGACUGUACACAUUGGAGACGAGCUGGAAUGUGACUAUCAUGGUGCGAGUCGAGCUGGGCUUCACGCGCUUCUGUUAUGUAGAUCUUCCGGCUCUGAACAUCAGACAGAAAGCAUUGAGAUACAUGAAAGUAAUGGUAUUAGAUGUAUAAAAGACUUGGAUGAUGUAGUAAAGUUUGUCCAAGAGCACAAUGCAGUAUAG